AUGGCUGCACUCAAGGCUCGCGUAGCUGCUGCGAUCGGAGGCAGUAAAGCCAAGGGUGGGCUGAAUGUUGGCCUCCAUCCGGCUUUGGAGGAUUUGGGGUCCUGGAAGCCGUCAGGCUCUUCGACAGAUGUUCGCAAUGCCAGUCAGAGGCCCCCAGCGCAUGCUUCCAAAGGGGCGAAGACCUCGACCAUUUCGCAUGACUUGCUGCGCAACCGUACCGACCAGCACAGCAACCCAUACUUCGAUGAACAACUGGCCGCACAGCCAUCGGCUGGGAAGCAACGACAAUCACGCCAGCUUGUUUUCAACCAAAAGGGCAAAUACAUCCAACAGGCCAACGCCUUGAGGCGGCAGGCUGCUCUCGAAGCAAUGAAGAAGCGCAUCGCAGCGCAGACGAGGAAGGCUGGCAUCGACGACGAAUUGGAUCUAGAGAAAAACUUGAUUGUGGACGCCCCUCCCGAGAUUGAAUGGUGGGACGAGGGACUGGUGGACGGCAACUACGACAGCAUCGACGACGCUGCGCGCCUCAAGAUUGAGAGCCCAGACAGUAUCGUCACGGAGUAUAUUCAGCAUCCAGUGGCACUCGAGCCACCGCAAGAUCGAAAGGCUCCGGCUCCCAAAGCCAUGUAUCUGACCUCGAAGGAGCAGGCAAAACUGCGCAGACAGAGGCGCAUGGCCGAGCUCAAGGAGCAGCAAGCAAAGAUUAGACUGGGUCUUGUUCCGGCACCACCCCCCAAGGUGAAGAAAAGUAACAUGAUGCGCGUUUACGCAGAUUCGGCCGUCAAGGAUCCCACCGCUGUGGAGACCAUGGUCAAUCGUCAGAUCGCAGAACGGCAGCAGACUCACCAGCUAGCCAACGAUGAGAGAAAGUUGACGAAAGAACAAAAACACGAGAAGCUCGCCGCCAACCAGGAGAAAGACGCCGCCAGUGGCAUUCACAUAGCCGUGUUCCGGAUUAACAGCCUGGCCAACGGACAACAUCGCUUCAAGAUUGGAAAGAACGCGGAGCAGCACUCAUUGACCGGAAUCUGUAUCAUGCAUCCCCGACUGAACCUGGUUAUCGUUGAGGGAGGUGAGCACAGUAUCAAGAAAUAUAAGCAACUCAUGCUCAACCGUAUCGAUUGGACGGAGAAUUCGCGUCAUUCGAGAAGAGCGGACCGCAGCAGGUUGCAAGAGACUGGCUCAUUGCUGAAAACGAGCAAGGGGGCUUGAAAGACAUGUCAUCGAACGAAUGUAAAUUGGUUUUCGAGGGUGAAGAGAAAGCUCGGGCGUUCCGUAAAUGGGGCAGCAAGGUGUGCGAAUCAGACUCUGAAGCGAAGGAUGCUUUGACACGGGCGAAGAUGGACAAUUUCUGGGCACUCGCCAAAGGCAUGUAACGGUCAUUAUCAAAUGCAGUGUUGGGAGGAAGUUCCAUGAGCAGUGUGAAAUAAACGGUCAUGUUGGGCGAAGAUCAGGCAUGACACGUGAAACAAACAGGUCGCCUGAAUAGCGACCCCCGUCUGUACACCAGAAGGCGAACACUCAUCAUCAGAAAAAUGUAGCAUCUGUAACAGAAGAUUUGUGAGCAGUUCAGAUGUAAUCCCCGCUAACCAGCCCAGUUAUUGAUACUGCGAUCCGAGCAUC